CCCUGGACGGUCACACACUGAUGGAUGGAGUACGGCGCUGCUCUCGCUCACUGGUUGUGAGUGUGUUCAUGAUUUCUGCCUCAGUAGCUGCAGUGAAUCUGCAAUCAGAACUCUUCAAGGAGCUGAUGAAGGGCUACAAUAAGAACGUCCGGCCCAUGGAGAAGAGUGGAGACGUCACCCAGGUCUCCAUCAAAAUGAUCCUCACUAACCUCAUCUCCCUGAGUGAGAAGGAUGAGGCUCUGACAACCAGCGUCUGGAUAGAAAUGCAGUGGUGUGACUACAGGCUGCGGUGGGACGAGCCGCCCCGCUCGGCUCUGUAUGGGCACAUCACCACAGACCUACAAGUCCCCUCAGAAAGCAUCUGGCUGCCUGGUCUUGGCCUGGUGAACAAUGUGGACGGACAGUUUGACGUGGCUCUGUACUGUAACGCCCUGGUGUCUCCAAACGGCUGUGUUUACUGGCUGCCUCCUGCCAUCUACCGCAGCACCUGUGCCAUCACUGUCAACUACUUUCCCUUUGACUGGCAGAACUGCUCAAUGGUCUUCCGCUCACAGAACUACGGCGCCAAUGAAAUCGAGCUGGUUCUCACAGAGGAGGACGGCAUCACGCUGGAGUGGGUGGACAUCGACCCUGAGGCUUUCACAGAGAACGGAGAGUGGGUCAUCAAACACAGACCAGCCAAGAAGGUGAUCAACACUCAGUACAGCAGAGAUGCGCUGGAGUACCAGGAGGUGGUCUUCUCCCUCAUCAUCCAGAGAAAGCCCCUCUUCUACGUCAUCAACAUCAUCACUCCCUGCGUCCUCUUUUCUUCCCUCGGCUUGCUGGUUUACUUCCUGCCUGCAAAAGCGGGUGGUCAGAAAUGCACCGUGUCCAUUGCAACUCUGCUGGGACAGACCGUGUUCCUGUUCCUCAUUGCGAAGAAGGUUCCAGAGACGUCGCAGUCCGUGUCUCUCAUCGGGAAGUAUCUGAUGUUUGUGAUGUCGGUGACCACCAUGGUGGUGAUGAACUGCGUGAUCGUCCUCAACGUCUCUCUGAGAACCCCCAACACUCACAUCCUGAACAACACCGUCCGAAAGGUCUUCCUCAACAUUCUUCCUCACAUGCUGAGGAUGCAGAUUCGACCCUGGACACCGACCACGGAAAACCCCUCUGAUACUGCAGAAGCAGAGCCUCAGGCGGCAGACGCCAAUGGAGUGAUGUUGAUACCAUGUCGUCGACGCAGCUCAGUGACUCUCAUCAACAAGGCGGAGAAGUACGCCACAAAAAUCGCCCGGUCCGAGCUCAUGUUCUCCAGCCUGAGAGACAGGGACGGGCAGAUAAAGGUGGCGCUGGAGAAGCUACACGCAGGGAUGGAGGGCGGCACGGCCGAGCAGCUCGGCGUCAGUCUGGCCAAGGCUUCCCCGGAGCUGAGGCAAUGCGUCACUUCCUGCAGGCACAUAGCAGAAACGGCACGUCACCAGAACCGCUUCCAGAACGAGAAUGAAGAAUGGGUAUUGAUCGCCCGGGUGAUUGACAGGCUGUGCUUCAUCGUCAUGGCGACGGUGUUUCUGAUCGGGACCGUCUCAGUCUUCCUGAUGGGUCAUUUCAACCAAGCGCCCCCCUUGCCGUUCCCGGGGGAUCCUAAGCUGUACCGCCCUCCGCCGAGCGCUGCCUCUCUGUGAGAAAGUCAAACUGCAAACGGGAGGGUUUCUUCUGCUUGUCUGCAAACUCACAGACCACAAACGCAGAGACACGAGGAGAAGUGAGGCCACAAUGUCUGCUUCUGUUGUAAAUGAUGGAAUA